AGCUUGCGCGUUUGUUGGUCCAGCAUGAGGCGCAUACUCAGUUGUAAUUUCUGGAGGAAAACCCGUGUUUUAUGGACUAAUCACUGUAAUGCUUCUCCUGUAGUGUGUCGCCAGGUCAGUUUCCGGCAGCCCUUUUGCACAAAAUCAAAGAGUGACUCUGCAGCCAUGGAUCUGAGCGACAUGAGGAAAAAAUACAAAGGAGACGAGGAGUGCUUUGAGGAGAGUCAGCUCGUUUCCCUGGACCCCAUCAAGCAGUUUGGUGACUGGUUCGAUCAAGCCACAAAGUGCCCUGAAAUUGGAGAGGCGAAUGCCAUGUGCAUUGCCACUGCCAAUAAGGAGGGACGUCCGUCUGCUCGCAUGGUCCUCCUGAAAGGUUACAGCAAUGAAGGCUUCCGCUUCUUCACCAACUACGAGAGUCGAAAGGGUGGUGAGCUGGAGAGCAACCCGUACGCAUGCCUCGUCUUCUACUGGGAGCCCCUUAACAGACAGAUUCGUAUCGAAGGCACAGUGGAGCGGAUCCCGUACCAGAGCUCGUGCGACUACUUCCACUCCCGACCGAAGAGCAGCCAGAUUGGGGCUGUUGUGAGCAGACAGAGCACGCCAGUUCCCGACAGAGACUAUCUAAGGCAGAAAAAUGCAGAACUGGAGGAGAAGUACAAGGAUACAGAGGUGCCUAUGCCUAACUAUUGGGGCGGCUAUAUGGUCAAGCCUUACUUGAUUGAGUUCUGGCAGGGUCAGACCAACAGACUUCACGACCGCAUCGUCUUCACAAAGCCUGAGAAGGGAGAGGCGAAGCUGGACGACUUCCAGCACCCUGCAGAGGGCGGCUGGGUGUACCAGCGCCUGUCCCCGUGAAAAGAGCCUCCACGUUCAGGGCACCACAGACUGUCUCAUCGUCGAUAAGCAGAUCAUCAUCUUUACCUCACUUGAAAUAAUCACUCAUCUAGAUAUUGAUGGGAAAUUAGUUGGUGUUGAUUAGCCAGGUGCUGCGUAGGAUUUGUCUUAACAAGAUAAAUGUCAUUGUGGUCUCAAUGAACCAAACAAUCUUAAAAUCUUAGUGUCUGCGGGAGUCAUGGGCUUUGGCACCAUGGGUGUCAAAAAGCAUGAUAGAGGCUAACUGUACUGUACAACAUGACAUUGCUGUAUCUACCUGUUUGUUUUAGGACUAGAAAGAUCCUGUAUGUCAUACAGGAAAUGCACUGGCAGACUCGGGGGAGAGCAAAGUCUGCUUGCUGUCAAAUAAUGAUUGACAGUAAACCUGGUCAUGUUAUUAACAUCUGGAAAGUGGCAACUUGACAAAAUGUCCUGAUAAGCACAGUCUUCUCUACUGUCCACUUUUCAACGCUGUGUAUUGUUCCAGUGAAGCGUUCAUUUCUCUCUGUGCUACAUGAUAUGAUCCAGCCGCACUGCACUACUUCCUCUUUAAUGUUGAUGUUAUUCAUACAGUCCUACCUCCACCACUGAAGUCAUCAUGAACUCAUUGUACGGAUUUUAAGUUCAUUUCAGUGGCAUCGACUGCCUUUUAAUAAUGAGAUUAAAAGAGCUGAUAAUGUUAAUAGUGCCAAAAUUAUUUUGUAUGUGAUUCUUUUCCUCUGUUUACUGAUGGAAGAAAAAAUAAUUUUUGACUUAAAGUUGCUUUUAUUAACUGUGAUAAUAAAGUUUGAUUUGCA